UCGUGAAUAUUCAUCGAGUGGCAAGUUACACCAAUCGACUUAUCGAUGAUGCAAAAAAGCAUCCGAACCGGCGUUUCCACAUUGUGGAUUACCCACCAAUUCCAAUUGCAGUGGAACUGCAGCAGACUCGGGAGUGUUGGAGACAAAUGUCAUUAUGGCGUUCCAUUGGUGCGAUAACAACCUGCAUACCACAGUGUUCACUCCGCGGGACUUCCAAGUGGAGCUGCUGGCGUCUGCCUUUGAGCGCAACACCAUUAUCUGCCUGGGCCAUAGAAGCUCCAAAGAGUUUAUAGCACUCAAGUUGCUGCAGGAGCUGUCCAGGCAAGGGCGCCGGAAUGGUAAAGUGAGCGUGUACCUGACAAACCAGAUUGAUGCUGAGAACACGUCCAUCUACACGAUGCUCACACAUCUGACUGAUCUCAAAGUGUGGCAGGAACAGCCGAAUCAGGAAAUUCCUGCUGAUCAUUGCUGGACCGACUACCAUGUCAGUAUACACAAACCAACUUCCUUUCUAUGCCUGCUGCAAGCUGGAGAUUUGCUUUUAAGUAGCGUUCAACUGAUUGUGCUUGAGGAUUGUCACGACAGCGCUGUCUAUCGAAGCAUUUUGCCCAUUUUUGAGGAGUUUAUUCUGCCUGCAAAGUCUUCCGAUCGUCCCCGAAUAUUGGGGAUGGCUGGUCCUUUGCAUAGUGCAAACUGUGAGCUGGAGGAACUUAAUGCAAUGCUGGAUACAUUGGAACAGCAAAUGUUGUGUCGCAUCGAAACUGCCAGCGACAUUGUCACCGUUCUGCGAUACUGUGCCAAGCCAAUUGAGUAUAUUGUGCAAUGUGCGCCCUUGGAAAUGGACCAUUUGUCCCGUGUGAUAGUCGAUAUUCUAACUACGCAUAAGUCGUUCUUAAGUGAUCAUCGCUAUGAUCCCUUCGAGAUUUAUGGCACCGAUCAAUUCAUGGAGGAUCUAAAGGAUAUUCCCGACCCUAAGUUGGAUCCGCUCAAUGUGCUGGACGCUCUACUUUCUGUGCUCCAUGAAAUGGGACCGUGGUGUACGCAACGCGCUGCACUUCAUUUCUACCAACGCAACGAGAAACUUAAAGUGAAAACUCCACACGAACGCCACUAUUUGCUUUUCUGCCUAGUGAAUACAGCGUUGAUCGAAAUAAAUGCCCUGUGCGAGCAAACAUUCCAAAAGCUAAUGGUCGAGGAUGCACUUGGUACUAUUGAGCGGUACUCCAGUCCCAAGGUGCGGCGACUGUUGCGUGUGCUACGCUCCUUUAAGCCAGCUGAAGCGCACACCCAAACAGAGGGAUUGCGCAAAAUGCGUCAUCAAGUGGAUCAGGCGGAUUUUAAUAAACUUUCUCAAGCACUGAAAACCAAGUGUCAAGUAGUUGAGCAGCUCGAUGAACAGAAUGUGGAAACACGUAGCAUAGUUAACAAUCUUCAGCAACUCGUCCAAUUAGUAGAAAACGAACCGAAGGUAGCGACGCAAACAAAAGCUAACGCUGAAGACGAUACUCCAACGAAUCAACCAACGCCCACAGCAAAAUCCAAAUCUAAUGGGCAGCAACACACGAGAAGGCGGAUACACACAAGGCGGCACAAUCGACACCAGCAUGACGCCAGCGAGACCCUCUGUGCGCUUAUCUAUUGCAAUCAAAAUCACACGGCUCGUGUUCUAUUUGAACUGUUGGCGGAGCUGAGUCGACGUGAUCCUGAUCUCAAGUUUCUACGCUGCCAGUAUACAACGGAUCGCGUGGCUGAUCCCACGACAGAGCCAAAAGAAGCUGAACAGGAGCAUAGGCGCCAAGAGGACGUGCUCAAACGGUUUCGAAUGCACGAUUGCAAUGUGCUAAUUGGCACCUCAGUGCUGGAGGAGGGCAUUGACGUUCCUAAGUGCAAUCUUGUAAUACGCUGGGAUCCACCUAUUACCUACCGCAGUUAUGUGCAGUGCAAGGGACGUGCGCGAGCCGCACCAGCUUACCACAUUAUGCUCGUAGCACCUCUUUAUGAUCCGACUGAAGCGACGACUGAAGUUGCAGUACAGCUCAAUGAGCAGAGCCAUCGAUUUAUUUGUGCAACGAACAGCGAUGAUACUGCGGAAGUUGACCAGGAGUUAGAUAGCGAUUCAGAUGACUCUGCACUGCCCAAUUCGCUUGCGUCCGAUCCAUAUACUUUUGGAACAGCCCGUGGAACGGUUAAAAUACUCAAUCCAGAAGUGUUCAGCAACCAACCGCCCACCAUGUGUGAUAUAAUACUGCAGGAGAUUCACGAUGAGGUGCCCGCUGUGCUAGAUGCCGGCAAUUCCAGUGACGAUGCCAUUAGCUUGUCCAAUACCACGCCCAGUGACAGAAGUGCCGAGCGUCGGCCCAAGCAACGCUUCGAAUGCGAGCUCCACGCGAUGCCAGAUAUUGACUUAAACACGGAAGUAAAUGUUCCGGUUACGGCAGACAAACUAACAAGUACAACGCAGGUGCUAGUGCAUCGAAUGGCACAAUAUCGCGAAAUCGAACAGAUGCUGUUAUCUAAAUGCGCUAAUACGGAGCCCGCCGAGAUGGAACAGAUACAAGCAGAGCGCUUCACCAGCUGCCUUGCCGCCUAUAGGCCCAAGCCACAUUUGGCGACCGGCGCCUCAGUUGAUUUAAGUACUGCCAUAGCGCUGGUCAACAAAUAUUGUGCCCGCCUGCCCAGUGAUACCUUCACCAAGCUAACUGCUCUGUGGCGUUGUGCGAGCGUAGUCCGCCAAGGCGUCACACUUUAUCAGUAUACGUUACGCCUGCCUAUCAAUUCACCACUAAAGCAUGAUAUUAUUGGUCUGCCGAUGCCCACUCAGACACUGGCACGACGAUUGGCCGCAUUUCAGGCCUGUGUGCAGCUGCAUAAAAUUGGUGAACUGGAUGAUCAGCUGCAGCCCAUCGGUAAGGAAGGCUUUCGGGCACUGGAACCGGACUGGGAGUGCUUUGAUUUGGAGCCAGAGGAUGAGCAGAUAGUGCAACAAAACGACGAGCCGCGGCCGGGCACAACAAAACGGCGACAAUACUAUUAUAAGCGAAUUGCAUCGGAGUUUUGUGACUGCCGUCCUGUUGUAGGUGCUGCUUGCUAUCUGUAUUUCAUUCAGUUAACACUGCAGUGUCCUAUACCCGAGGAGCAAAACACCCGCGGUCGCAAAAUUUAUCCGCCAGAAGAGGCACAGCAAGGUUUCGGCAUAUUGACACUGAAGCGCAUACCAAAGCUGAGCGCAUUCUCAAUAUUUACAAGAUCUGGUGAGGUGAAAGUAUCGCUGGAACUGGCACGGGAUCGUGUUGUCUUAACUGAGGAGCAGAUAAGUUGCAUCAAUGUCUUCCUUAACUAUACGUUUACAAAUGUGCUGCGCCUGCAAAAGUUCCUCAUGCUCUUCGAUCCAGACUCCACGGAAAACUGUGUGUUCAUUGUGCCAACGAUAAGGUCGACACCAGACAGUCGGGUUAUUGAUUGGCAGUUUUUGGAGCUCAUUCAAGCCACUGGGAACAUGAUGCCGCAACCAGUGCCAGAUGAACAACGGCAAACGCAAGAGUUCGAGGCGCAGCGUUUUCAGGAUGCUGUCGUUAUGCCCUGGUACCGAAACCAGGAUCAGCCGCAAUACUUCUAUGUAGCCGAAAUCUGUCCACACUUGUCGCCGCUAAGCUGCUUUCCGGGCGACCAUUAUCGCACCUUUAAACAUUAUUAUCUAGUUAAAUAUGGGCUCACCAUACAGAAUACAGAACAGCCUUUGCUAGAUGUGGAUCACACGAGUGCGCGUCUGAAUUUUCUAACUCCUCGUUACGUGAAUCGUAAAGGCGUAGCUCUACCCACCAGUUCGGAGGAAACGAAACGGGCAAAGCGAGAAAAUCUUGAACAGAAGCAGAUUUUAGUCCCGGAACUGUGCACAGUGCAUCCGUUUCCAGCAUCCCUAUGGCGCACAGCAGUUUGCUUGCCCUGCAUCCUAUACCGCAUCAACGGGCUGCUGUUGGCUGACGAUAUUCGAAAGCAGGUCUCUGCGGAUCUAGGCCUGGGCCGACAACAAAUUGACGAUGAGGAAUUCGAGUGGCCCAUGCUAGAUUUUGGCUGGAGCCUUUCAGAGGUGUUGAAAAAGUCGCGCGAAUCAAAACAAAAAACAGACAGCAAAGAGGCAAUCAACGAAACCGAAGAGGACUCCGCUCAAGAGCCUGUAGUUGAGCCAAGUCUGGGGAAGGUAGCGAAGACUGCUAACGAGCAGGUUAUCGAAGGAGAAGAGCAAUUAAGUAGUGCAGAAGAAUUCAUUGAGAUUGGCACUUGGUCGAAUGACAUGGCCGAUGACAUAGCCAGCUACUCAGAGGGCGAUGAAGAUGAGGAGGAUGAGGACUUUUUGCCAGUGCUGCCAGCCAAUGUUAAGUUCUGCGAUCAACAGACACGAUACGGUUCACCCACGUUCUGGGAUGUGAGCAAUACCAGCAGCUUUAAGCAGUCAGCGGCGUUAGUACAGCAGCGAACAGUCAAACCGCGAGGUAGUAAUGGCGUGGAUAAUACUGCAAAAGUAGAGGGAAAAUCCAAAUACGCUUACUACGAUUCGGACAAUUCGCUUAGCUCCAGCAGCGAUGAUGAUGAUCACGUGGGUCCGAUUCACCACUACAGCUCGGAUGACAAUGAUUCGGAUGAUAUAGCCGCCGGCCGCAUUGAGUUCACAUCGAAGAACGAGGCGGAAGCUAUCGAAACAGCCCAAGAGCUAGAAAAGCGCCAGAAACAGUUGUCCAUUAUACAAGCCACCAAUGCCAACGAACGUCAAUACCAACAGACAAAGAACAUGCUCAUUGGUUACAACUUCGAGCAGACAGAGCACAGGAGCAGUAUUAACUACGAGCAGUCCAUUGGGCGCUUCAAAUCAGAGAUUGAGAGCUGCGGCAUGUUGGUAUCACAUGGCGAAGAACUAAUCCUACAGCGCACAGAAGAUAACAUAAUGAAACUUGACAAGGAUGGAGCUACGCUGCAGGUGGAGCUGCUUAAGCAACUGUUGCCAUACGUGCUGGAAGAUGAUAUUUUGGCUAUGCUCGAAAGUCGGGAGACGCUCCAGCUUGCUGACCUGGUAGAGCUAAACGCUAGCUGGCUGCAUCAGAAUGAAGCGGAAACCUACACCGUAUUAGGCUGUGGCGAUAGUUUCGACAACUAUAACGAUCACCACCGACUGAGCUUGGACAAUAAGCACAUUAGACUUGAGUAUCAGCAAGAACUAACAACAAAUACCGAAUGUGAUGCGCAUGCGACGGAGAGACUUAUAUCAGGCAGGCCUGAUGCCUGCUUUAGUUUUGAUCAGCAGCCGGAGUUGGUAGGACAUCCCGGACCCAGUCCCAGCAUCAUUUUGCAGGCACUCACAAUGUCAAACGCCAACGAUGGCAUAAAUCUGGAGCGCCUGGAGACGAUUGGUGACUCAUUCCUCAAGUAUGCCAUUACAACAUAUCUGUAUAUAACCUAUGAGAAUGUACACGAGGGCAAAUUAAGCCAUCUGCGCUCCAAACAGGUGGCCAAUCUCAAUCUGUAUCGAUUGGGGCGACGCAAGCGACUGGGGGAAUAUAUGAUUGCCACAAAAUUCGAGCCGCAUGACAAUUGGCUGCCGCCCUGCUAUUAUGUACCCAAAGAACUAGAGAAGGCGCUGAUUGAGGCUAAAAUUCCAACGCACCACUGGAAGCUGGCCGACCUGCUGGAUAUAAAGAAUUUAAGCAGCGUGCAAAUCUGCGAGCUGGUCCGUGAGAAAGCUGAAGCCUUGGGCCUUGGGAGCAACGUAGACCAGUCUAUAGAUUCCCAACAGCUGACACAGAAUGCGGAUUUGGACGACUCGAACGAGACGAAUGACUUCAGUUGUUUCAUUCCAUACAAUCUAGUCUCCCAGCACAGCAUACCAGACAAAUCUAUAGCUGAUUGUGUGGAAGCGUUAAUUGGCGCUUAUCUAAUCGAGUGUGGUCCGCGCGGUGCUUUGCUCUUUAUGGCCUGGCUGGGAGUGCGGGUGCUGCCUUAUAAACUGGAGCAGUCUACUGCAGACGUUGAGAAACGCACGCCGGGCAGCACAAAGCCAGAUGCCAACAACAUGGUUACAGUAUAUGGUGAUUGGCCGACGCCGCGCAGUCCGCUGCUGCAUUUUGCACCCAAUGCUAAUAGAGAGCUAGAGCAGCUGCUAAGUGGCUUCGAGGACUUCGAAGUCAGCCUGGGCUAUACGUUUAGGGAUCGUUCCUACUUACUGCAGGCCAUGACGCAUGCCAGUUACACGCCCAAUCGUCUGACAGACUGUUAUCAGCGUCUCGAAUUCCUGGGCGAUGCCGUUCUAGAUUAUCUGAUAACAAGGCAUUUGUAUGAAGACCCACGUCAACACUCGCCAGGCGCUUUGACCGAUCUACGUUCGGCUUUAGUGAACAACACCAUAUUUGCAUCGUUGGCUGUGCGGCAUGGUUUUCAUAAGUAUUUUCGCCAUUUGUCCCCCGGACUUAACGACGUCAUUGAUCGUUUUGUUCGCAUUCAGCAGGAGAACGGGCACUGCAUAAGCGAAGAGUAUUAUUUGCUGUCUGAGGAAGAGUGCGAUGAUGCUGAGGAUGUUGAGGUACCCAAGGCAUUGGGCGAUGUAUUCGAAUCCAUUGCCGGUGCCAUAUUUCUCGACUCGAAUAUGUCCCUAGAUGUGGUGUGGCAAGUGUUCAGCAAUAUGAUGAAGCCAGAGAUAGAGCAAUUUAGCAAUUCUGUGCCAAAGUCACCCAUACGAGAGCUUCUCGAACUGGAACCGGAAACAGCUAAAUUUGGCAAGCCAGAGAAACUGGCUGACGGACGUCGCGUUCGCGUCACUGUUGACGUCUUCUGCAAGGGUACGUUCCGUGGCAUCGGACGCAACUACCGCAUAGCCAAAUGUACGGCUGCCAAAUGUGCACUCCGACAGCUGAAAAAGCAAGGCCUGAUAGCCAAAAAAGACUAAGGAUGUGGCGCUGUGCUGUGAAUUCAAUGUAGUUGUAGAUGUCCACAUGUAGAUAUAUACUAAAUAAAUGCUCCAAUAAUAACAAUAAUAUGUUAAAUAAGAAAACGUAUUUAUAAAUAAUAAAUAACAUUAACGACAUGACCCGCACUCCAGUAUCAACCUCCGAGUCGCCGAGUGCUGCUUUUUCUAUACAAUAAAGACUUAUA